UUGAGAUGGGGUGGAUAGGGGGACAUUUACCUGGCUCUUGCGACAUCCCCCAGCUGACACCCCACCCACACACGUGUUGGGAUGUACUAGGGGUAGGGUUUGCGGGGGGUGGAGUGCUGAGAAAGGUCUGGCCAACACCCCCAACCCACCUCCAAAGUCGCCCAGCCCCCAAGGACAGCAGUGCCCGCAGCUCGUGCCUGGUAAGGAGGGAUCGAGGGUCACCGCUUGAAACCUUGAAAGUGAAAGUAGUCAAACUGAGGCGGUGAGAAUGGGUGAGCCUCCGUGAGCAGGGCGCGGGGCCCCUCCCCGCUCCCCAAGGCCAGGCCAUGUGGCCCAGAAGGUAGCGGCCCGGAUUCCGGAAGCCCCUCUCCCCACUCCCUGGCCAGUGGGUUGAGCCAUGCCGAGUGUCCAAACCCCUAAAUUUGGAGGUUCAGUAGGGUUAAAGAGGCCACAGUCGGGGUCUCCUUGGACUGGGCCCCCCGAUCACGGGCCUGGGGCUCCUGGGGAAUCCCCGUACACACACACACAAAAUGGGCGGGGGCUUUGGCCUUAGGUCUGCGCAGCCGGGAGGGUAUUUCUGAGGCCUCGAAAGCCGGCUGCAGAAAUCCCCUCGCUUCCUUCCUUCUGACCGUGGGGGCUUUUGUUGGGGGAGGCUGCAUUUGAGGAACUGUGGUGGGGGCCUGCCUGCCUGUCCGCUUCUUUUUUUCUUUAGUUUCCCCAUUCUCGUGUUUCUCUUCCCCAUUCCCUGGCCACGAUGAUGUAGGUGAGGAGGUCAUUGCCUGCAGCUGGGGGCCUCCAGGGAGGGGCUCGGCUGAGUGGGAGGAAGUGAAAUCAGGCGGCGGGCGGGGGCUCCGGAGCAGAGAGCUUGGGGAGGCAUGUCUGCAGGGCCAUGGUCCAACCUUGGGGCAGAAGGGGCUGAAAUCUGACUCGAACCCCCUUCGCCUGGGAGACGAGCAUCCCGGUCACCCUCCAGCUGCCGGACCGGGUCGAGCAGCCUGGCCAUCCCACUGCCCCAUUUUCAGUCCCUUAGCGCAAGAGGCUCCAGGGACGCGGGCGCGCGAGUUGUGUCAGGAUUUCCCAUCUCUGACCUGGCGGCUGGAGCGGAAACAGCUUCCUGGCUGCUCCCCCUGGGUCUCCACCAUGAACGGUCCCACCCUGCAGCCUGCCUCGGCCUCCUCCACGUCCCCUGCUUCAUCUGCCAGCGUGUCCUCGGCCACGGCAGCAACAUCCCCGCCACCCCGGGGCUGGAGCGAGUUCUGCGAGCUGCAUGCUGUGGCCACGGCCCGUGAGCUAGCCCGGCAAUACUGGCUCUUCGCCCGCGACCAUCCGCACCACGUGCCGCUGCGCGCCGAGCUGGUCUCGCUGCAGUUCACCGACCUCUUCCAGCGCUACUUCUGCCGCGAGGUGCGCGAGGGCCGCGCACCCGGACCCCCGGCACGGGACUACCGCGAGACGGGCCGUGGGCCCCCGGCCAAAGCUGAGGCGCGUCCUGCCGAGGCGAACACGCGCCCCACCGCCCCCGCCCUGCCCAAGGCGCGCAGCUCCGAGGACCUGGCCCCGCCGCGGCCGCCCGGGCCCUGCGCGCUCCAGCAGCUGCGCCGCAGCCUGCGCCACAUCUUCCGCCGCCGCUCAGCCGGGGAGCUGCCCGGAGUCCCCGGAGCCUGUGCUGCCGGCGAGGCGAGUGAAGCCCCAGCACGACCUAGUCUGGCCAGGAAGCUCCUGCCCUGGAGCCUGGUCCGAGAGCCACCGCCUGAGGCUGUCAAGGAGGCGGCGUUGCGCUACAGCGUGGCCGACGAGGCCUCCAUGGACAGUGGGGCGCGCUGGCAGCGCGGGCGGCUGGCCCUGAGGCGCGCGAGCGGCCCAGACGGUGGCUCCGACCGCGUGUUGGAGCUCUUUGACCCACCCAAGAGUUCAAAGCCCAAGCUGCAGGCAGCCUGCUCCAGCAUCCAGGAGGUCCGGCGCUGCACCCGUCUGGAGAUGCCCGACAACCUCUACACCUUUGUGCUCAAGGUGAAGGACCGCACAGAUGUCAUCUUUGAGGUUGGAGAUGAGCAGCAGCUGAACGCAUGGAUGGCCGAGCUCCGGGAGUGCACAGGCCGAGGCAGGCCAGAGAGCGAUGUGGAGCCGCCUGCGCCCUCAGCCCUGGAGCCCGGCCCAGCCAGCUCCCCAAGGGGAAGCACAGAUUCCCUUAACCAAGGUGCUUCUCCUGGGGGGUUGCUGGACCCAGCCUCCCAGAAAACAGACCACUUCCUGUCCUGCUACCCCUGGUUCCACGGCCCCAUCUCCCGAGUGAAGGCGGCCCAGCUGGUCCAGUUGCAGGGCCCUGCUGCUCAUGGUGUGUUCCUGGUGCGGCAAAGUGAGACGCGGCGCGGCGAGUACGUGCUCACCUUCAACUUCCAGGGCAUAGCCAAGCACCUGCGCCUGUCACUGAGCGAGCGGGGCCAGUGCCGAGUGCAGCACCUCCACUUCCCCUCGGUGGUGGACAUGCUCCACCACUUCCAGCGCUCCCCCAUCCCACUCGAGUGUGGUGCUGCUUGUGACGUCCGCCUGUCUAGCUACGUGGUCGUUGUCUCCCAGCCACCAGGUUCCUGCAACACCGUCUUAUUCCCGUUCUCCCUGCCUCGCUGGGACUCGGAGCCAGACCUUCCCCACCUUGGCUCUCCUGCCUGUCCUCGGGGGCUGGGCCCUGAGGCGCCCCCUGGCCGCUCCUCACCCCCGGAGCAGAUCUUCCAUCGGGUGCCUUCACCUGAGGAGCUGGCUGACAGCCUGCGGCUCCUGGAGACUGGGCCUGAGGUGCGGGCUCGGGACUCAGACUAUGAACUGGAUGCAUCCUCUCGGAGACACUUGCGGGCCAUCGACAAUCAGUACACACCCCUCUGACAGGCCGCGGCCUCCAGACGCACGAGGUGCACGCACAGACAUGGACUUGAAUGUAACCGUCUCCUCCCUCCCACGCAGAGAGAGGCUGAAGAUAACUUGCUCCCCCCUUCUGUCAGGCCUGGUGAAGGGCCUCCUGUGAGUUCCAUCACCACCUGCUUCCUCCUCACGUUUACAGGUGUAGUUCUUGUUCGUGAACGCUGCCUACUCUGGAUCCCUAGACCAGCCGCUGUCACUAGAGGCAGGGUGAGGCCCACAGUGGAAACCUGUUCUCCUUCUCACUGACACUGUCGUCACGGCUGAUGAUGACAGACUUUCUACUGGGGAGUCAUCAUCAGGAAGCCCAAAACACUAACAGCUCUGGAUUCUCACGUGGUUUUCCUGUUGUCACCCUUGCCACAGGUGACCACACCUAGUCCUGCUUCUUCUCAGCUUUAGGACAACGCUCCAUCAGAGUCAGAGGGACAAGCUAAAAAGCUCGAAAGUGAUUUUAAACAUUUUACCUCAGAUUAAUUUUUUUAAAGGAUUCAGGUUUCAAAACUAAACCGUUGCUUAUUUCAUUGCACUGUCUAAAACUAACCCUGUGAUAACUAAUCUAAUACCCCUGCAGUUGGAGACAGCUAUGCAAUCCUGCCUAGGUUCACCCACCGUCCAAGCCAAGACGCCUGGCUUCCUUGUCUACUGCAUCCUCAGGACAGCCACCUGCUGAGUGGCCAGUGUCCUUCCUGUACGUAGAGAAGUGAAGCAUGUGUCUCACCCUUUCAGGGAAAUUCAGGCAAUUACUGAAAUAGGGUGGCAAGGGAUAGCUCUACCCCAGUGCCUUAUAAAUAAAUAAUAUAAAUAAAAAACUGGAUUCUGGUUUACAGCAGCUUUGUGGUGAGAAUUAAUUGGAGGGAGGACGACAGAAGGGGAAGAAGGGCCCCUGGGCCCUUUCUAAUAAAUUCUCCCCCACAGGGCCUGGCUCAGAGCCCUUCCCCACCAAUAGUUUAUCUGCAAUUAUCUGCAAGUGGGCUUCAGGCUCAUUUGUGAACCAAAACGCAAGCCGGAAAUCUGGUGCCAUAGCUAAUGAAAACCUCCUUCAAGAGUCUAGUGUACCUGCUCUGUCCCGCUGGUCACUGCGGACACAGAUUUCAUGAGUGUGCACGCACACCACCGCCACCAUCCAGGCGAGCCCUAAAGCUAAAGCUCCAUGGGCCCUUGCCUUUCUUCACAAGUCACACAAUUCACAGGGGGACUGGCUCCUCCCAGAACUUUCAUGUAGAGGCUCAGGAACAAGGGUGGCAGUGACAGAGUGGGGUCAGCUGCUCCUGGAGAGCCAUUCAGUACAGCUACCCGGCUCACUGCAGUGGCUUCUAGGAAACUGGGCGUUUAGCACAGCUUAGCAUUUAUAGACACAUCCAUCAGAGGCUCAAACUAAACCCUGGCCUACAACCAACAGUACUGACUGCCUUAUCUGGGGCGAGAGUUUGGUCUGCUCCCUCCAGCUAUUCUCUGUACUCUGAGUCAGACUUCUUUUACUUCUAAAACUUUCUGGGGUUUUAGGAGGGGGGUGGGGUGGGCGAGCAGCCACCUCUGCAACACUUUUAAAACCAAAAAUCCUGAGUGCUGUCACAGACUGUUAAAGCAGAUCCAAACUUGAUCUAGACUGUGGUCCAUUUCUAAGAACACCUGCUUUCCUUUAUUUUCUACCAGUCAAGCAGAUUUCUAAAAUGCAACACUCCGCAAAGUGUGAACCAAAAGAACAAGCAAUAGUCUGGAUCUCUCUUUUAAAGAGAAAGUCACUGGUGAAGACUUCCUUCUGCGAUGGCUAGGCAGAAACUAAACCCAGUAAGUUCACUCCCUCCAGCCAGACAUCUGACCAUCGGGGAGAGGGCGUUUUCCAGCCAGGGGCUCCCACUUCUAUAGCCACGUCUCAGGGAGCCUCCAGAGGCAAACCAGGUCCAGCCGACCAGCAGCUCUGCCCACUGGCUGCCAAGUAUAAGCUCAGAACUUGUGACACAGAAGUGGACAUCACCCACCCCAGACUACUUCAGGCUGAAAUGUUCAAGAAAAAUAUCUCCUUCUUUAAACAUGUCCUAGUUACCAGCACAGCUCAGAUACAUCCUGACAAAAAGCCCCCUCAUGACUUGGGGGGAAGUGACACUGAGCCAAUGCUUUCUCUUCCCCGGGCACCUCCCUGGUGGCCGCAGCCAGCCCACCACCCUCUGCGAGAGCCCAAGGCCCGGAGCACCACAAGGCCCCUCGAGUUAUCUGAUUACAGGAAACAAGCAUAGGUUGACAGCCCCCAGCACCGACACCUUCUUAUCUGACUUCAGUCAACUUUUAACACUAACAGUCACCAGCACCAAAGAAUUAAGUCAACUAACCUGCCUUCAAUUUUAGACCAGCAAUCCAUAUGGCUUUAUCUGGUAUAAAUCUUCUGCCUUUGAUCAUUUCUGGACCGUGUAGGAAAAAGGAAUAGCAGUCAUUAAAAUCCUGGGCCAGAGAACACUAUUUUUACAUAACAGUUUCUUAACCUAAAAUCAAGGCCUUGACCUCCUCUCUGAGGGUAGAUUGAGAUCCCUUCAUGCUUUCAUUCAGGGCUGAGUCUCUUAUCGCAGAUGUCAGCUCUAAGCCCCCACACGACAGAGGGACUUGAUAGUUCUCCACUGCCUCCUAACAAGGACACAUCUGACAUCCAGUGUGUGGUCGGAAUAAGCAGCACAUUGUAAUGACGACACAGAAGGUGGAUUCAUCUUGUACCAUUACAGGCAGAAGGUAUCUGGCAAUUUUUUUAUGUAUUGUUUAUGUACUGUACAAGUAACUUAUUCUUGAAUAAUGCAAAUUUUGCUAUAAUGUACAAAUUGCUCUAUGUGAAUUUAAAAAAGUUUUCAGAAACUUGAUUUGUUGCCUUGGUAUUUACUGGCUCUGUUUUUUUCGACUGUGGCCUCUCUACAAGACCCUUACCCUGCUCAGACAUGUGCUUUUCCCCUGAUCCCCCUCCGGCAGUUUGGGGACAUUAACAGGUGUGAGUGAGUCCACCCCAGUAAGCUGCUGUGUAUACCCCUGCAUCUUGUCAACCUUUCUGCUCUCUGGUUUUCUUUGACAGUUUUUUUAAAGAAGUGUCUCCUGCCCCCUACUGGUAAGACAGACAAAAUGCCUGCACCCAGACCACAUUCACCUAGCUAGCACCACUCGUGGGGGCUCAACAGAUAGUA